ACCCUUGUUCACUAUUUCUAAAUUCCAAUUACUUUGUAUGUUUCAGUGGUCUCCUGACAAAUCAUCCAUCUUUGGAAGCUCAGCAGAAGAUGGUGUCUUGAACAUCUGGGAUCACAAUAAGGUUGGUGAACGUUCUGGUCCAGCCUCAAAGUUUGCACCUGGCUUAUUGUUCAGACACUCUGGACAUAGGGAUAAGGUGGUUGAUUUCCACUGGAACUCGCAUGAUCCAUGGACAAUUGUCAGUGUGUCGGAUGAUGGUGAAAGCACAGGUGGCGGUGGAACUCUACAGAUAUGGAGGAUGAUUGAUUUGAUUCAUAGACCACAGGAAGAGGUGAUUAACGAGCUGGAGCAGUUAAUCCCCUCAUCCCUAUUUUUGAUGUUGAAUCAGGUUCUUUUAUCUUUUAUCCCCCGCUUUAGUAGCCAUCUUUGGAAAGCCCUUGUUCUCAAAACAAAACAGGAUAUGGACAUCCAAGAUAGAGAACUAGUAAAUGACUGGCUCAUGAUCAUAGUUUACAAAGAACGUGGUUUUGGCUGA